AUGGUGGCGUGGGUCAAAGAGUUCGUAAAUCAACAGUUAAAAUCUGAAAAUAAUGCCUGUGUUAAUAAAAUGGGUAUAAUCGUUGAACAUCAUUUGAGAGUAUUGAGUUUCAUAGCACAUAUUGAACGAAUAAUGAGCCCGAUAUGCUUCAUGGAAAUGUUUAAAUGUAUGCUGGGUAUGUGCAUGCCUAGCUAUUACAUCCUUGCGGAAUGGUCUGAACAUAAUAUCCAGAACUUAAUUACAUAUGCCAUGAUAUUAAUAUCUAUGACUUGCAAUAUCUUUUUAGUCUGUUACAUUGGUGAAAUAUUAUCAGAAAAGUGUAAGAAUAUUGGAGACAUGGUUUAUAUGACAAACUGGUAUCAUCUGCCAGACAAAGAUAUUCUAAGCUUAAUUAUGAUCAUUUCACGAUCUAGCGUGAAAGUUAAAAUGACUGCCGGAAAGAUAAUUGACAUGUCGCUAUUCACAUUCGCUAGUAGCACAAUGACGGAGAAGCUCGUCGCAGCAAAGAAAAAGUAUGGCAAUCUCGGCGAAUACAGCAUACAGUUGAGUCGAUGGUAUUUGAAGCCAAUGGGCGCUUGGCCCGAUCCAGUUACCACGAGACGCGAGAAGAUCCUAGCACAAAUUUCAAUCGUUGUCUGCUGUUGUAUCAUACUGUUCACCGUGAUCCCUGCUUUCCUUCACUUCAUUCUCGUAAAUGAAGAUAUCUAUCUGAAACUGAAGGCUCUUGGUCCUUUGUCCCAUUGGUGCGUCGAUGGAUUCAAUUACCUCGUGUUAUUGCUACGUCAGGACGACAUCAGUUAUUGCAUAGAACGCAUACGAUCCGACUGGAAGAUGAUAACGAGAACACAGGAUCAAGAAGAAAUGUGGAAGAGCGCGAAACUUGGCCGCAACAUCGCGGCCUUCUGCGCCGGUUUCAUGCAAGGUACGAUACUCUGCACAUGUUUCGUGUUGGGGACGUUCAAACGGACCGUCGAAAUCGGCAACAAAACCGUGGAUAUUUAUGGUUUACCUUGCCCGACGUACAAAUUCCCAGUUCAGACAAAUCCAACGCACGACGUAAUUCUUGGUACACAAUUUCUGUCAGCGCUGGUAGUAAGUUCGAGUGCCGCAGGUUCUUUUACACUUGCUACCAUAAUCACGAGCCACGCUCUUGGCCAGUUGAACAUAAUGGUGGCGUGGGUGAACGAAUUCACAAUGCGGUCCAGAGAAAAGAGGAAGAAGGCUCAGAUUAACGAAAUAGGUAAAAUCGUUGAACAUCAUUUGAGAGUUCUCAGUUUGAUAGCGCGCAUCGAACGUAUAAUGAGCCCCAUAUGCUUCAUGGAAACGUUCAAGUGUAUGCUGGGUAUGUGCAUGCCUAGCUAUUACAUUCUUGCGGAAUGGUCUGAACAUAAUAUUCAAGCCUUGAUCAUAUACACGAUGGUAUUUUUAUCCAUGACUUUUAACAUUUUCUUAGUAUGUUGCAUCGGUGAAGUCCUCAAAGAACAGUGUCAAAAAGUCGGUGACAUGGUGUACUUGACAAACUGGUACCGCUUGCCUGACAAAGAAAUCCUUAAUAUGAUUAUGAUCAUUUCACGAUGUAACAUGGAGGUUAAAAUAACAGCUGGGAAGAUAAUUACCAUGUCUGUGUAUACUUUCGGCAGUGUACGUCUAUCUAAUGUUCAUUCCUGUAUCAACGACGAUCCUCCACCGAGCAAUCAUUAUGAAACCGACGUACGUCGCGCGUUUCAGUUUUGCCACUGGGUCUGGAAGCCCUUGGGCAUCUACGCCUUCAUCUACAACUGCCGGGACAAAUUCGAGAAAAUGACGUCCGUGGUGUUGAUCCUGAUCAGCUGUUCAAUCCUGCAAUUCGUUAUCGUGCCGUUCGGUUAUUACAUAUUGUUCUACGAGAGGGACAUAGACACGAAGAUCAAAUUCAUGGGCCCGUUGACAUUUUGUUUAACGUCGCUGAUUAAGUACGGUUACCUGGCCAUAAAGAGUUCAGAAUUCGGUCGUUGCGUGAAACGCGUCGAGGAGGAUUGGAGGAUGCUGCGACAGGACGAUCAUCGAGCGAUCAUGCUUCGAUACUUAACCAUGGGCAGGAAACUGAUCACGUUGUGCGCGGCAUUUAUGUACACCGGCGGCCUGUCUUAUCACACGAUCAUGCCGUUACUAUCCAAGAAGAUCAGUGAGAACGUCACGAUCAGGCCGCUCACUUACCCUGGCUACGAGGCGUUUUUCGAUGUUCAGAAAAGCCCCACGUACGAGAUCGUGUAUUGCAUGCACUGCGUCUACGUUUUAAUCACCGGCAAUAUUACGAUGGCUGCGUACAGUUUGACGGCGAUUUGUACCACGCACACCUGUGGCCAGAUCAAGAUACAAACGUCCAGGCUGAAGAACUUGAGGCAGGAUAGAAAGGCGUUGGAGAACGGGAUCGAGGAUCGUUUGGCCGUUGUCGUGAGAGAGCACGCGAAGAUUCUGAGAUUUACGGAAAUCAUGGAGACAGCGUUGCAAGAGUUAUUUUUGAUAGAAGUAGUAACAUCCACGUUGCUGAUAUGCUUGCUCGAAUACUACUGCAUGAUAGAAUGGGAAACAAGCGAUUCGGCCGCGGUAUCAACGUACUUCAUGCUUUUAACUUCGUUCACAUUCAAUAUAUUUAUAUAUUGUUACGUAGGCGAACUCCUCCUUGGACAGGUACUUCUGAAAAAAAAAGAAAAAAAAAAAAACAGACACUCAGUGUCUGAAUCGAUUCAUUCACGAAAUUGCUCGCCUCAUUCUUCGUUACCAUUUUUCAACGGUAGCGAAAUCGCGACAGCUUUGUACGAUAUAGAAUGGUACAAUUUAGCUGGGAAAAAAGCUCGUGACAUCGUUCUGGUGCUCGCCAUAUCGAAAUACCCGCUGAAACUCAGGGCUGGAAAAAUGCUCGUCCUAUCGAUGAAUACUUUCGGCGUGGUAGAUUACACGCUGCAAAUGUGCGAAUGGCUGUUCAAACUAAUCGGAAUGUGGCCCCUCGUCAACAGUCGCACAAGCAAACUGCAACAGAUCGUCUCGAUCGUUCUGAUAAGCUCAAGCUUCUCUAGCAUGCUCUUCAUCAUCUUACCAUCCUUUCAUCACAUCUUCUUCGUGGAGAAAAAUACGGCCAUGAAACUGAAAAUGCUCGGACCAGUUUGUUUCUGUUUCUCGUCUGCGAUCAAGUACUGCUACCUUGGCACGAAGGGACGUUUCUUCGAACGAUGUAUCCAGCACGUCAGAAAGGACUGGGAAACGGUGAACGAUCCAAAUUACCGGACGAUCAUGCUGAAGUACGCGACGAUCAGCAGGAAACUGAUCACGGCAUGCGCGGCUUUCCUGUUCAGCGGUGGACUGUCGUAUCACACGGUAAUGCAAUUUGUGUCGAAGGCGGAAGCAGGGGAAAAUAGCACGUACAGACCACUGGUUUAUCCUGGCUAUGAUUCAUUCUUGGACACUCAGUCCAGCCCUACCUACGAAAUCGUGUUCUCCCUUCACUGUUUCGCCGAUAUAAUCAUGUACAGCGCCGCGACGGCUGCGUACAGUUUGGCCGCGAUCUUUGUUACUCACAUUUGUGGACAGAUUCAGAUACAGAUAGCAAAGUUGCACGAUUUAGUGAAGAGCAAAGAGAGGAAGGAUGGUGGACGUGAUCCUCUGUCACUUAUCGUACGCGAGCAUGUGCAAAUUCUAAGAACACAUAACGUUUUAGAGAAGCAAGUGCGUGGAUAUUUUAGAUUUUCGAAAAAUGUAGAAGAUGCUAUGCGAGAAGUGUGUUUCGUGCAAAUCUUCGAGUCCACGAUGAACAUGUGUUUGCUCGAGUAUUAUUGCAUAAUGGCUUGGCGAAACAACGACAUACUCGCGACAGUGACUUGCGCUACAUUGUUGGUCUCCUUCACGUUUAAUGUAUUUAUAUUUUGCUACGUAGGCGAACUCCUCUCUGAACAGGUAGUAACACAAGAAUUUCGCUUGUCUAGAUAUCCUCCAUUUUAUCAAAUACUCUCAAUGAUCGUCAUUAGUGUAGACAAAUCGAUCAAAUGGUACAACUUACCACCUAAAGACGCUUACGAUCUUAUUCUACUGAUCUCCGUAUCUCAGUAUCCACCAAAGCUUACAGCUGGAAAAAUAAUCGAAUUAUCUCUUGAUACUUUUAGCUGUGUGAGUUUAUAUUUUUGUAGUUGUACCGUUACCGUAAAAACCAAUUUAAACCAAAAUUUUAUACUUGCCUAUUUUCAGGUAGCAAAAUCGUCAUUAGUUUAUCUGAAUUUAAUUCAAACACAACUGACAAACGUUCAUUACGACAACGACAUACAUUACACGCUGCAAAUGUGCGAAUGGCUGUUCAAACUAAUCGGCAUGUGGCCUCUCGUCGACAGUCGCACCAGAAGUAAACUGCAACAACUCGUCAUGGUCGUUCUGAUAAGCACGUGCUUUUCUAGCAUGCUCUUCAUCGUCUUACCAUCCUUUCACCACAUCUUCUUCGUGGAGAAAAAUACGGACAUGAAAGUGAAAAUGCUCGGGCCAGUUAGCUUCUGUUUCUCGUCUGCGGUCAAGUACUGCUACCUUGCGAUAAUCAUGUACAGCACCGCGACGGCUGCGUACAGUUUGGCAGCGACUUUUGUUACCCACAUUUGUGGACAGAUUCAGAUACAGAUAGCAAGACUGCAUGAUUUGGUGAACAGCAAACAGAGGAAAAAUAUCGAGCCUGAUCCUCUGUCUGUCAUCGUGCACAAUCAUGCGGAAAUUCUAAGGUAUGGAGGGAUGGCGGAACAGCGACGCAGUGGCGACAAUGACGUGUGCCACUUUGUUGGUUUCCUUCACGUUUAAUGUAUUUAUAUUCUGUUAUGUAGGCGAACUCCUCUCUGAACAGGUAGUUGCAAAAGAAUUUCUUUCGUUUAGACAUUCUUCAUUUUAUCAAACACUGCCAAUGAUCUGUAGACAAAUCGGUGCAAAUUCCUACAAGAUCGAAUGGUAUAACUUGCCAGCUAAGGACGCUUACGAUCUCAUUCUAUUGAUCUCCAUAUCACAGUAUCCACCAAAACUUACAGCUGGAAAAGUAAUCGAAUUAUCCCUCGACACUUUUAGCUCCGUGAGUUUAUAUUUUUGUGAUAAUGACCUAGUUGACGGACAAGUGAGAAACGUCCAUUACGACAACGACAUACACUACACGCUGCAAAUGUGCGAAUGGCUGUUCAAACUAAUCGGAAUGUGGCCUCUCAUCAACAAUCGCACCAGAAGUAAACUUCAACAACUCGUCAUCAUCGUUCAGAUAAGCACGUGCUUUACUAGCAUACUCUUCAUCAUCUUAACAUUCUUUCACCACAUCGUCUACGUGGAGAAAAAUACGGACAUGAGAAUGAAAAUGAUCGCCCCGUUUGGUUUCUGUAUCUCGUCCACGAUUAAAUACUGCUUCUUUGGUCUGAAGAGACGCUUCAUCGAACAAUGUAUCCAGCACGUGAGGAAGGACUGGAAAAAGGUGCAUGAUCCAAAUUACCGUACAAUCAUGCUGAAAUACGUGACAGUCAGCAGGAAGCUCAGCACAAUAUGCGCAGCAUUCUUAUACAUCGGUGCACUGUCGUAUUACACGAUAAUGCAGUUUUUUUCGAAGGAAAAUAGUGGCGCAAAUAACACGUUCAGAUCACUGGCUUAUCCUGGCGCUGAUUGGCUCUUGGAUUCUCAGUCUAGUCCUACGUACGAAAUCGUGUUUUCUAUUCAGUGUGUCACGGGAAUGAUCAUGUGCAGUACCGCAGUGCUUGCACAUAGUUUGGCUUCGACGUUCGUUAUCCACAUUUGUGGACAGAUUCAGAUACAAAUAACAAGACUACACGAUUUGGUGAAGAGUAGAGAGGGAGAGCAUGGUGAACAUGACCUCCUAAGUGUUAUCAUACACGAUCAUGUGGAAAUUUUA